GAAUAGGAUGAGUCCAUUGUCUCCACCAUGUUCUUAUAUUCCAAAAGAAAAAUCUCCACAUUCGAUAUCUAGUCUUGAUGAAAAUGAAAUAGAUGAAGUUCGAAAGAAGUUAGAUCAUCUUCAAUCAUUACUAAUACAAGUUAAAAAUCAACUCAUUUCUUCACCCAAUGAUGAAUUUGGUGAUGAUGAUAAUAUGAUUGAUGAAAGAAUCUUUCCAAAUACUUCAACUGAAGUGAAUCUUUUACAGACUACUGAAAAGAGUACUGAAGAAAAUGGAGAAAAGAUUGAUUAUUCAUGUCAAAAUCUGCCUAAUUAUGCUACAUUUUCAGUGAAACAAUCACAUGAAUAUGCAGUGAGAAAUUGGUUACUAUCAAAUUUUAAUCAUAUUUAA